AUGUCUACCCAGAGGUUAGUUUCUAACAGGACGUCCCAGCAAUCUGCAUCUAAUUCUGAUUACACCUGGGAAUAUGAGUAUUAUGAGAUUGGACCAGUUUCCUUUGAAGGACUGAAGGCUCACAAAUAUUCCAUUGUGAUUGGAUUUUGGGUUGGUCUCGCGGUCUUUGUGAUUUUCAUGUUUUUUGUGCUGACUCUGCUGACCAAGACAGGAGCCCCACACCGAGACAAUUCAGAGUCUUCGGAGAAGAGAUUCAGAAUGAACAGCUUUGUGUCAGACUUUGGAAGGCCACUGGAACCAGAUAAGGUCUUUUCUCGACAGGGCAAUGAGGAAUCCAGGUCCCUCUUUCACUGCUACAUCAAUGAAGUGGACCACUUGGACAGGGCCAAAGGUGGUCUCCAGACCACAGCCCUCGACAGUGAAGUUCAACUUCAGGAAGCCAUCAGACGCAGUGGACAGCCAGAGGAAGAGCUGAACAGGCUCAUGAAAUUUGACAUCCCCAACUUCGUCCACACGGACCAGAACUCCUCCUUUGGCGAAGAUGAUCUCCUGAUUUCAGAACCACCUAUUGUUCUAGAAAAUAAGCCAGUUGCCCAGACCUCACACAAAGACUUGGAUUGAGAGGCAUGUUUUGUAAAGUGUCUUCCUGAAGAUGUUGGGUCUGUCUUUGUAUAGCAAGAAAUCUUCAUUCACCAAGAUUGUGUGUGUUUGUGUAUGAGAUACAGAGAGAGAGACAGAGAGACAGAAAGACAGAGAGAGAAGAGAGCCCCCUCAGAAGAAUGCUGAUUAAGCUGAGUGUUUAUGCCUUUAAACACAUUUGGGGCUUUUUGGGGAACCGAGUAUUUACACUGUCUCAUCCUCCUUGUCAUUGAAAAACUUGGCCACGUAUUCAGUGUCAGCGUUCUUGAAUGGGGUUUGGCAUAUUGCAUUCCUACCUGCCACUACCACGCUCUACCUUCAGCAAGUUGCUUGGCCUAUCUGGGCUGCCGCCUCUUUAACUGUAAGGUGUGGAGUCCACGGUAGAUGAUCCAUUCCAGCUCUAAUAUUUUGUGAAUUUAUGAUUUUGCAUUCGGAUGAGGCUGGAUAUACCCAAAGCAGAAUAAACCAGGGCGCUGCCUCUUAGCUCUUGUUGUAGCAUCCCCCAGGUCUGUAACUCCCACUCAGCCCUUAACCGAGCCCAGCUUUUGUCAGGGGCCUGAGCAUCUACCGGGACGUCAGGAGACUCGUUUCUCAUGGUCACUGUGGCUAGCAUUUCUAUUGCUUGUGCUGAAACAGCAGUUCUGAGACCCUCCAGCCACCCAUGCUCAAACCUGAAGACAGCCCUGCCCCUCCUCUCCUGGGAUGAGUACCAAUUCAUGGUACAUUGUAGGACAAUCCUGUCCCCAGAAAUGUAUGGAAGGUUGUCAGCUGGGUGAGGGGAGGUGCCUCCUGUGUCUCUGUGUUGGUGUAACUGUGUCUGGUCGCGCUACUGUGCCAUUGGCUAGUGAACAAGGAGAGUGCUAUUUGCCAGGCUGUCUGUUUACCUGGCAGAUGUGGAAGUGAUGGUCAUGCGGCUAGUGUGUGGGCUUUGAGCUGGGAUGGUGAAUGGGUUAUAAAUAACCCUUCAACAGAUAGUCAAGGUGGCCUGGGGCAACCCACAGUUAAUUUCAUGAAGGAAUCAAACCUGCACACUGUUUUGGAAACGACUUGGUUUUGCAGUCACGUUGCAUGCAUGGCCAGCUGCUAAACUCUGGGUGGCGUUUUCAUUAUGGAUUUGUUUACCAC